AUGUUUAGUGGAGAAAUCUUAGACAUAAAAUCUGAUGCAGCCAGGUCUCCAAGACAGUCUCGACGCGACAGCCCUGACAAUGAGAGGGAAUACAGGUCGAGCAGAAAUCACCGUCUGAUGCAAGAACUGGACGAAAUGGACAUUGAAGAAGACAAGAGGAACUUGAUCACGAGAGAGAUCGACAAAUUCAGGGACACUUACAAGAGGCAGCAGGAAGAGGACCGCGACCGAGAGCGGGAGCGACGGCGAGACCGCAAGGAGCGCCGCCCGUCGCCCGACCGGUCUCGCAUCCGGGACCGGGGAAGCGAGAGAGACAAGGAACGCAGCGGUGACCGGGGCGACCGCGGCGAUCGGGGUGACCGUGGCGAUCGCGGCGAUCGUGGGGACCGCGGCGAUCGUGGAGACCGCGGUGACAAGGAGAAGGACCAGAGGAUCUCUCGAGACCCAGACAAGGCGGAGGAGAGGUCACGGGAGAGAGAGAGGUCCGAGCGCGAACGGGACCGGGAGGCGAGAGAGCCGUCGUCGUCGUCGCAACAGCCGCCCCAGCCGCCGGCGCCGCCGCGUUCAGAACGUGCACCUUCCAAGGCCCGGUCGGAGUCACCGGACUGGGUCCAGAAAAAGGAACGAGAACGGGAGAAGGAGAUGCGAGAGAUGCUUCGGCCACGUGACUCCGAGCGAGACUGGGAGAGGGAGCGCGAGGAAGAGGAGGACGCCCACGAACGCAAGAAGAUGGAGAGGAAGCUGCGCGAGAAGGAAGCCGCUUAUCAGGAGAGGUUGCGCAACUGGGAAACGAGGGAGCGUCGCAAGGCCAAGGAGUACGAGAAGGAACGCCUCAAGGAAGAAGAGAAGAGGUCUGAAGAGGGGAAGGAGGCACGACGGUUGAAGGAGUUCCUCGAAGACUAUGAAGAUGAACGGGACGACGUCAAGUAUUACAAGGGCAGCUCCUUGCAACGCCGGUUGAAAGACCGCGAGAAGGAGCUGGAACUGGACAACCGGGACCGGCAGCGAGAGAGGGAGGAGCUCGAAGAACUGCGGCGGAAGCUCACCGAGGAAGGACACCCCGACCCCGAGGCGGAGGCCAAGCGGAUCCACCACGAAGAGGAGGUGCGGCUGCUCAGGCCCCUGCUCCUGCCCAUCGGGAAGCCGGACCCCGAACCCGCGCCGGAGCCAGCACACCGAGACCUGACCCCUCCCCGGCGGCCACACCACGGCCGGUUGUCCCCCAAGCGGUCCCCCAAGGCGUCGCCCAAGCAGGCGCCGCUUGCGGCCGAGCCGCGAUCCCCGGCACCCACCAUGGCGGCGCCGGAACAGCCGGAGGUUCCCUCCGCGGCGAGGGCAGCCGGCUACGCCGCCGUGGGGUCCCCCCAGCGACUGUCGUCGGUGUCCCCCAGGGCCCCCUCCUUUGCCCCCUUGAUCUCGCUCGAGGAGGACAACAGCGGCCAGAACAGCCUGUCCGGCUUCUCGGACGUCCUGGUCACCCCCAAGGAGGAGGCCAGGCCCAUCGGCUUUGGCGUGCUCAAGCUGGGUGCCAGCCCAAACCCGCCCUCGGGGCGCAAGAGCCCUUCCGCGGGGGGCGGCAAGCGCAAGAAGCAGCUGUCGGCGGCGGCCUCGGAGGCGUUUGGGGCCGAGGAAGAGGAGGAGGUGGUGGAGACGCGCAAGAAGCGCAAGCUGGUGCCCCUGGAGGAGGACGAGAAGCACAUGAACACGGAGGAGAAGCGCAAGCACAUCAAGAGCCUCAUCGACCGCAUCCCCACCUCCAAGGAGGAGCUGUUCAACUUCAACUUCGACCGCAGCCUCGUAGACAAUGCCCUGAUGGACAAGAGGAUCCGACCGUGGAUCAACAAGAAGAUUGUGGAGUACAUUGGAGAGGAGGAACCCACCCUGGUGGACUUUAUCUGUUCCAAAGUGCUGGCGGGCAGUGCAGCGCAGAGCAUACUCAACGAUGUCUCUAUGGUUCUCGACGAGGAAGCGGAAGUCUUUGUGGUGAAAAUGUGGCGCCUGCUCAUCUACGAAAUAGAAGCCAAGAAAGUGGGUCUCGUGAAGUGAGGCCGGACCGGUCCGGGAGCGACGACGCGGCGUGCAUCGGGACUUUGUACCGCCUUCUUCCCCUCCUUCUCUGUAUUGUGGUACUCCUAUCGUUGUCGGUUAUUUUUUUACGAAGUACCACCGUCUGUAAAUAUGGUGUCCCCUCUUUUCCACUUCCCGGGCGUACGUCUUUUUUUUUUUUUGCCCGGGUAAUUUCAACUGCCAGUUACUUUUUUUUCUCUCUCUCUCUCUCUCUCUCUCUCUUUUUGUAUUAAUAGAACCGGUUUCUUCGUGCAAAACAGCACAAACAUCAAUUUCGGCCGCGAUGACGGAUCGAGGGUCAAUCAAGUGUGUCCGUCGUUGCGGCCCCCCAGCUUUUUUCGAAUGCGUCACUUUUGGCAUGCUUUUAGGGCAAGCUUUCCUGACCCCGCGGUUUCUCGUGCCGCAAGUUCUUAGUUUGUUUUUAACCGACUAAGAAGCACGUAAACUGGUUUUACAGUAGGCGGGUAUUGCGCAGAUUUGUCUCUACCAUCUCCAAAUUCAUUCGGUGAAGGCUCUCCUCCAAGUUGUGAUCAGCGCUCGGCAAUCUGCAGCGCACGUGAAAUAGGAUUUUUUUUUUCUCUUACGAUGUCUGUUGGCGCGGAUGCAAGUUUUCUUCCGGGUCUAGUUUCUUGUAUAUUGAGAACCAAAUUUUCUUUUCUCUUCGUCUUUCAUUCUGCCCUUUCCUUUUUGCAUUUUGUUUGUAAUAAAAAAACAAGAGCAGUUGAUUUGCGACUGUUUCGGACUGUCUUCGUGAGUUUUCACAAAUAAAGCUGGAGUAUGUGGAGUCGA